UGUUUUGUAUAAAUAUCUGUAGAUACAUCAACCUAACAAAAUGUCUGGACGUAUGAUGAAAUAUCCUUACACUUUAACGGCCAAAAUUGGCAUGUUCCCGUUUAAACAUCAUAUGAGCAAGAGCUGGAUCUACAAAUACUACGCUGUUGGAGUUCUUACAACCUUUCCAAUCUUUGUGUGGUUGAAUGGCAAAAUUAACUCACCUGGAAAUAUCAAGAAGUACGAGGAUCAGAUGGCCAAGGAAGCUGCUUUGCUUCAUGAACACUAGUUUGUGGAAAUUUCACUGUUGUAAAGAAUAUGGAAAUAGUAAAUGAAUACCAACAAUAAAACUUA